GCUGUAUCUAAGAUCGCGCAACGUUUCCCAUCAUUCACGUUUCCUUUCUCUUCACACAAACAUGGAUGCCGAAGAGGGAAGAGAGAAGAAAAGAAUCAACUUUGCAGAUGAUCCUUCGAACAGAGCGAUGGUCCAGACGGAUCUUCAUAUUCUCCCACCGGAUAUUCUGCUCGAAAUCCUGUCAAGACUCCCGCUAACCUCUCUGAUCCACUUCAAGACCACUUCCCAUGCCGGCUGUAAUUUAAUCGCCGAUCCAAGGCUCCCUCCGAUGUUCCGUAAUAGGGUAAGCAACUCAGACCCAUGUCUGAUUCUGUUCAACUACAAUUACCCUGUCUCCUGGGCCUUGCAACUCUAUUUUGUGGAUAGAGAGGGUUGUGGUAGACGGGUUCGCAAAAUCGACCCACCACAGCAUUCCGAAGUUAAUAAACUGGUGGGUUCUUGUAACGGGCUGUUAUGCUUAUCCUUUCCCAUAAUCGGUGGUUCAUCGGUGUCUCACAGUUUGCUAAUUUACAAUCCCUUUGUUGGAGACGCUGUGAGAGUCCCAAUAGCGAACCGAUUUCUGAAUCAAAGUGAAGUUUAUGGAUUUGGGUUUCAUCCGAGGACAGGAGAAUUCAAAGUGGUCCGGAUUGUGUACUACCGGAAGAUCACGAUGGUAGCAGACCCGGAGCUAAUUGUGGAAGAAGCGAAUGAAGGAUUCGCAACCGUUAAUGAAUCAAUGGUUCAGGUGUUUACCAUAGGAACAACAGAGUGGAGAAAGACAAGAGGUCCGCCUCCACCUCCACAGUUCGCGGUUGGACUCAGACCACCUGAGGCUCUGGUAGAAGGAUCUCUGCAUUGGAUAAUUCUUGUUGGUACCAUCUAUAGUAUUAUCUCCUUCGACCUUGCAGAUGAGGUGUUUGAAGAAAUUCCGCACCCACCUUGUCAACGCCUUGUGUCACGUGGCUACAGUCUUUCCGUGCUCAAUGGGUGUCUAUCGGCAGCUGGGUUGGUCGAUACUGUGCCCUUUGAUAUCUGGGUGAUGAAGCAAUACCAUGUUAAGGAAUCUUGGGUAAAACAAUUCUCCUUUGAUCCCUAUUUUGGAUGUGGCUGGCUAACUAAUGCUUCUGGCUUAUUAAGAAGCUUUCCGAAAGUUAUAUGUGCACUGAAGAAUGGUGAGAUUCUGUUGCAGUAUAAUAUCGGUUCUCUGGUUUCUUAUGAUCCCGUAGAGAACAGAUUCAAGAAUCUUCAAAUAGGUGGGUUAUCCCAUCCAUUCCAUGUACUUCCAUUUCUACCUUCUCUUUUCUCAGCACAGGCAACCAUGAAUUUGACAGGAGAAUUCAAAGUGGUCAGGAUUGUGUACUAUCAGAAGAUCCUUAUAGUAGAAGACCCCGCGCUAGAUGUGGAAGAAGUUGAUGAAGGAUUCGCCACUGUUGAUGAAUCAAUGGUUCAGGUAUUUACCGUAGGAACAACAAACUGGAGAAACAAAGGAGCUACGCCUCCACAAUUGGCGGAUGUAAACGGACCACCUGAGGCUCUAGUUGAAGGAUCUCUCCAUUGGGUGACUGUUGUUGGGAUGGGUGGAGAUGGUCCUAUCUUUGGUAUUAUCUCCUUCGAGCUUGCAGAUGAGGUGUUCGAAGAAAUUCCGCACCCGCCUUGUCAACAACUUGUGUCACGUGGCUACAGUCUUUCUGUGCUCAAUGGGUGUCUAUCGGCCGCUGGGUUAGUUGAUGCUGUGCAUUUUGAUAUCUGGGUGAUGAAGAAAUACGAUGUUAAGGAAUCUUGGGUAAAACAAUUCUCUUUUGAUCCUUGUUUUCGAUGUGGAUGGCUUGCUAAUGUUUCUGGCACAUUUAGAAGAUUUCCGAAAGUUAUAUUUGCAUUGAAGAAUGGUGAGCUUCUGUUGCUGUCUAAUAGCAGUUCUCUGGUUUCUUAUGAUCCUGUUGAGAACACAUUCGAGAAUCUUCAAAUAAGUGGGUUAUCCAAUCUGUUCCAUGCACUUCCAUUUCUACCUUCUCUCUUCUCAGCACAGGCAACUAUGAAUCUGUAACUUUUAACUCUGUUUCUCGAAUCAACCCUUUUUCUGUAAGACUCUACUACUAGUUGUUUUUAAUUUGUGUCGAAUCUUUGAUCAUCAAUAAAUCAGCAACAGUUGU